AUGGAAUUCCCGAUACACCUAAUGUUCACGACGAUUUUGUCACAUCGAACACAAAAAUGUGUCAGAAAACUGUUAACUCACCUAUCUCGAAGGAGAAGAAGAGGCAUUAAGCUGGGAAGAAACAAAAAGUAUUGUUCUAUUUUGUUUGAUAAGGUUAACCGUGAGCAAGCCUUAUCUUAUGUUAAAAUUAGAGAUAUCAUUGAAAGAUUUGUGGAAUGCAUUAAGAGGACAAAUGAUUUUGCUCAUGCUUUAGUUUAUGUUGAGAGGAUUCUAAAUGAUAUAAGCAACAGUAACAAAAUUCAGCAACAGAGCUUAAAUCAAAUCAUUCAA